AUGCCCAUUAUUCCAGACGGUGAUGUUCUGAAUGUGGACCCCAAGAUGAAUGAAGAUGAACGGGUCAUCGUAUCCCUCGGGUACAAGCAGGAGUUUAAACGUGAAUUCUCACUUUGGACAACUUUCUGCGUCAGCUUCUCCGUCCUUGGGCUACUGCCGUCGUUCGCGAGCACCCUCUGGUAUGGCAUGGGGUAUGCCGGUACUGCAGGAAUGGUAUGGGGUUGGAUUAUCGCAAUGGUGUUCAUUCAAUGCGUAGCCAUGGCAAUGGCUGAGCUUUGCUCAUCCAUGCCUACCAGCGGGGGUCUCUAUUACGCUGCUGCUGUGCUAGCUCCGGGCGGAUGGGGUCCAUUUGCGGCAUGGAUAACUGGAUGGUCAAAUUGGCUGGGCCAGGUGAUGGCAGCGCCGUCGGUCAACUAUGCAACCGCAGGCAUGAUUCUUGCCGCUGGUUCAAUCUACAAUCCCAAUUAUGUGCCAGCGCCCUAUCAAACCUUCCUUCUGACCACUUUCCUCAUGCUACUCCAUGGGGUCAUCAGCAGUAUGCCGACAAAAUGGAUCGCUGAGAUGAACUCGUAUGGAUCGACUUUUAAUAUUCUUUGUCUAGUCAUCGUUAUCAUAACUAUUCCAGCAGGAACUACUAAUUCUCCUAAGUUCAAUUCGUCCGAGGAAGUCUGGGGAACCAUAUUCAAAGGGACUUCUUUCCCCGAUGGAGUCGCAGUACUAAUGUCAUUUGUCAGUGUUAUUUGGACGAUGUCUGGAUACGACUCACCGUUUCACUUGAGCGAAGAAUGCUCCAAUGCGAGCAUCGCCUCCCCUAGGGCUAUCGUCCUGACUUCAGGGAUAGGCGGCGUUAUGGGCUGGUUUCUCCAGGUUGUCGUGGCAUAUACCGUCCAAGAUAUUAAUGCGGUGUUAACAUCCGAUUUGGGCCAGCCGUGGGCGUCUUACUUGUUCCAAGUGAUGUCAAGGAAAACGGCAGUGGCGAUCCUUGGACUGACAAUCGUUUGCGGCUUUUCGAUGGGCCAAGCUUGUAUGAUCGCGGCAUCUCGCGUAACCUACGCAUAUUCUCGUGACGAUUGUUUUCCUCUCUCCGGGGUAUGGAAAAGGGUUAACAAGCAUACUAGGACACCUGUGAAUGCAGUGUGGAUUAAUUGUGUAAUUGGCAUCCUGUGCACCCUGCUGAUAUUCGCUGGCGACCUCGCGAUGGGUGCUUUGUUUUCCAUUGGCGCCAUCGCCGCUUUCGUCGCGUUUUCGAUUCCAAUUGGUAUUCGAGUCUUCGUUGUAAAAGACAAGUUUCGACCUGGCCCUUGGAGCCUAGGGAAAUAUAGCCCUAUCAUUGGCGGGAUAGGGGUAUCCUUCGUGAUUCUAAUGUUGCCAAUUUUGUGUCUUCCCGCUCACACGGGCUCGGAACUGACACCAAAGCAAAUGAAUUGGACCAGCGUCGUUUAUGGCGGCCCUAUGCUAGUCGUGUUGACUUGGUGGAUCCUAGACGCAAGGAAGUGGUUCAAGGGGCCAAAGGUCAACGUUGAACAUCAUAUGUUGGAUUGCGUCCAAAUAGGGAUUGAUCGGGUUGAUAGUCAAAACUUCGAUAAAGAGAAGCUACAGGAGCUGGAGUCUAUUUCCGUCUAA